AUGUUGACCAACAUUCUUGACCAGCUCAUCAAGACCUACGGCCAUGAGUUCCUCGGCGACUGGGACCCCAUCAACAACUUCCGCAUCGACUCGCUGGCUGAGCCGGAAGUCCACUUGACGAACAUUCCUUUUCCACAGCAGCUCUUCGACCUCGCAGAAAUCCCCUUCGCCGUUGACUACUCCAACAUCGCCAAGGUUCGAGCGAAAUUCUCUUGGCAAACUUUCUUCGGCUCCCCGUCCUCCAAUCCCUUCACCAUCGAGGCGGAAGACCUCGAGAUCAGACUCCGGCUGCUGUACCCCAGUGAAUGGGAUGCCGAGCACUGGCUAGCCAAAGUUCUCAAGGCGAAACGGAAACGGAUUGACCUCUGGCAGAAGUUCGCCUCGCUCUUCAGCACUUCGGUUCCUGACAAAAAGAGCCUCACCCAGACGAUUGAGCCGCGGAUUGUGAACGCGCUGAAGAUCCAUGUGAAGAACAUUCACGUGCAUUUGGUCGACGACAAUAUCCACCAAACGCCGUUUGGCUUCGAAUUCAAAAUCGAUGAGUUCCUUAUCGACUCGCCCCAUCGGGGCGACCCUCGCCUCUCCGAGGUCGAGAGCACAGGUUCAGAGAACUGUUUGUUGAUGGGCUUGUGGAUGCGGUUCGUCGGCUUUCAUUUGUGGUUCCGAGAGUUUCCGCGGCCACAGCUCCGGUGGCGCUCCGGUCCGUCUGCGUUUGUGAAGAAGGCGCAGGAUCUGCGGCGUCGACUGCGGAAGAAUCGCGGGGACACAGAGGCUCGCCGGGAGCUGAAUUUGUUGUUGAACCGGGAGGCAGAAGAAGCCGGUGAAGCCGAUGGAUCCCAGGUGUCUUCGGGGGAGCAGGAGACUGGGGCUGCUGGUUCGGGCGGGGAAGGCUCUGGGGGCGAGGCCUUUGCACAGUCGCUCUCUUCGAAGAAGUCGGGACUUCAGGGAUCUUCGCAGUCUCUAGACUUCGCAGACUGCAAAACGGAUCGACGCGACGAGGAAGAACGUGAAGCGCCUCAAACCGAUGGCGCCAGCGGGACCAGCGCGCCUGACAGCGAUGGACGGCCUGGAGGCGAGUGGCGGACCGCGUUUCGGAAAAGCAACACGACUCUGCGGCGCCGAGCUUACAACGUAGCCUUUUCCACGGACGGCGAGAGCGAAGGCUGCAGGGCAUGGGAGCUCGAGACAACUCCGCAUGGGCGGGUGCUCUCGCGGUUCGACACCUCCGUAGGUCGCGACGGUUGUCGGGAGUCGAGUCCCAGAGAUCGUGGCAAGCAAGGAGCCUCGCAGCUGCCAAACCCCGGCCAGGGUCUGGAGACAGACUCCGAGAAGGAUGACGCAGAAACCGGAGGUGAACUGCGAAGCGAGAGACGCCUCGCGGUGAAGAAGCCGUCCGUUGAGGCGCUGACGGCUCAGCUGAGUCGGGAAAUCAUGGACACACUGCCGAUUCGUGAUGAAGGCGUCGCCAGGGCCUUGGCUACGAAAGCCAUCAAGAAGGGAUUUCUGUCCCCGACGGUCAGCCUCCGGAGCACGACUUCGGAGCAGCCUGUCGGAACCGCUGGAAGUGGACCCGUUGCAACUGACUCAGGCCCACAGUCGGCGUCAGGCGGCGUCAGCAGCUUGUCUGGAGAGCUCCUGGACCGUGCGCAGCUCGGAGAGCGAUACGCGACAAGGGCGCGGCCGCGGAGAAGAAGGCAGUCGUCGCUCUCGACACCAAGGGACGAAGACGCAGACUGCCUGCAGGGCAUGCGGGCAGGGAAGGCGUUCAAAGUCGUGCCGAGUCAAGUACGAGACGUGCUGCCGAAGAACUCUCAUGCGUUCCGCGUCACCCCUGAGACCGGCAUGGAAAUGCACAUUUUGUUCAAAAAAUGGGAACUGCGGGCUCUGGGGUCGUCGCUGCCCGUCCAGCAGGAAUCGUGGAAGUCAGUGGAGCUCUCUUUCAUCGCUCACGACCCCUCGAAACACCCGGACCUGGGGAACCCGAUUCGCCCCCCGCUGUGUGCGCCGCCCUCCUCCCGUCUCCCUUUCUUCAACUUACACGCGUCUCUGGAGUCUGGGGCGCAGACAGGUUCCGAGCCAGAACCUCGCGCCCUCUCCGCCCCGCUUCAGGAGGCCCGAGGCGCGGCAAACAAGGUGGGAGCGGCGAAGAAGGCGGUCGCGGCGAGGGAGGCGAGCGCGCCGAUCGGAGAGAAGGAGACAGGCGGCGCGACCUUCCCUGGCGACCGGACUCAACCGCCAUCGCCUCCGCUCAUGAACGGCCAGCAGCAGCACGCGCCACUGCGGCUCUCCGUGACGUCGGCCGUGGUCGACGCGUUCUUCAACUUCGUCAAGCUCCUGGACAUGUGGUUUCUCUUCAUGAAGGGCGCGACGCGGCCCCUGAAGCGUGUGGCGUCUGAGAAGGAGUGCAAAACCUACGUCGACUUCUGGAAGAAGAAACUCGUAGGCCAGACGAAGCCGGAGGACAACUUCGAAAAGUUCGUCGCGCAGUUCGAGUACUCUUCGCCCCUUUUUCUGGUUGUCCGUCUUCGGCAGAUAGCCGAAGACAGCCUGUCUUGGAAAGACGGCGUCUCCGCAGCUCUUUUACGCAAACAAGUCUUUCGAGCCGUGACUCUAGGGACCCCUCAAAACCCAUUCUCGUGUGCAGGCUGUCGCCCAUACGUCUGCCGAGAAGAGGUGACCACUCCCGUCGCGGACUCCGAGUUCGCUCAGGAAGACGACGCCGGCGGCGCCCGAGGCGACGACUUCGCCGAGGGUCACGCGCUCGAAGCUGAAGGCAAAGAAGGCGGCUUCGGCGGGAAACGCUGGUUCUUCUCGGACUCCGAACUCCAGGUCCUAGUCCCCAGUCUCUGGCUCGAAAUGCUGCCAGCCAUCAAGGGCGGCAUGCACAUCGACUUCCCCUUCGGCCUGGCCCGGUCCCGUCGACGCAGGUUUCGCGACAGAAACUCGUGUGUCGCCGCUGGCGGGGACAGCGACGAAGAUGCGCUGGUUACAGGGCACCGUCGAAGAAACGCCGACUGGAUGCGAGGCGCCGGAGCCCGGCGCCUCUCCCGGAAGCGCAGGUCAUGCCUGAAGGGGCGAGAAGAAGAGUCGAGUCUUAGCAGGCGAGACGCAAACGGGGACCGGAGCGACGUCGAGGGGUCUCCCUCACGCCUCCGAAAGGGCGAAGCAUCCCGUGGGGUCUUGAAAAGCGUAGGCCUGCCUGUCGAAUCGGAAACGGCUCUGGGCGUGACGGCACCGCCCGACACACUGCGUUCGUUCGCCUCCUUCGAGAGCGGAAGCACGCCGACUACAUCUCCAUGUUCCCCCAGCAACCCGCGCCGAAGGAGUAUCCCCGUUGCCCUAGAUCGGGAAGGAGAGAGCCGGCGCCACUCGCGCCGGAGGCGGGAGGAUUCGUUUUCCUGGGGGCGAGGCUCGACGCUGCGGGGGAACAGAGCGGGACGCAGAAGCAGUUCCAAUGUCAGAGGCGACCGGACUCAGACUCUGGAGGACAUCGUCGCCAGAGGCGCCGUUUUUGACCCGCUCCCGUCCACGACGCUCUGCUUUGUCUUCAGCUGCGACUUCCGUUUCCACCAAAAGAAGAAAUCCGACCUCGUCCGUAGCAACGACAUCUACAUCGAUCUGGUUCAUGUCCAGAAGGGCAUGAUGGGCCUCCAGCUCAAACGGUUCGACCGACUCUGCUACGUGCGGACCCCGCGAGCGGAGUCGAUUCAGACGCCCUUGCCGAGAUACCUCGUCACUCCCACCCCACUGCCGUACGGUGGCUGGACGACCGUUGUGUAUAUGCCGCGUUUCCCUCCCUCACGAAAGGGCUGGGGUGUCGAUCUCGCUCGCAUGCCUCGUCGACCUUUCGGGGGAGCUUCUGCGUCGCCCCGAGAGGUCCCCAAGAGUUCGGAAGGUGAAGGAGAAUAUCAGCUCAUCGGGCACCACGUGAUCCAGGGGGCUUUGAACCCACCGUUCAGUGCGUCAGUGGCUGUCAGUGACCCCCUGCAGGGCUCCACGCCCCGCAACUCUCCAGUAAGCAGGGAAGGUGCAACUGUGCCCAACGCAGAGGGCCGGAGCGGGGAGACGGGCGGAGGCGUGGGGAGCCCCGUUGUGCCCUUUGAGGCAUCUGUCCCCGUUCGACGACGGUCAGUCGUCUCCACUUUGACAGCGUACAUGAACCAGAUCGGGUCUCGCAGACGCUCGUCAGGCGCGAACGCGAGUGACCAUCUUCCUGACGCGCACCAGCGAACCGGAGACAUCUCCGCGAGGCCCCAAGGGUCGGGGACCGAGGGCCCAGAGCCUCGCAGCUCCAACACAGAGGAAUGGAAUGAAGAAAACGAAGACGUCGUCGUCGGGCCUAUAGGGUCGGAUAGGCGCAAGAGCAUCCGGAUCUAUCUGGCGGACAAGAUGUUGUGGGAUGAAGAGCAAGAAAGGACUCGAAGCAAGAAGAAGAUCGUGGUCACGCUGCCCGAAAUCACGGUUGUCGCGAGUGAACUCCUGAGUCUCGCUGAUAUCUUGCCAACGACCUUCGUCACGCUCGACCUGUUCUUGCGCGAGGAUCCGCUCAUGCCCCAGUCGACUCUGGACGCCAUUGCAUGCGCAGUGAACUACUGUCCACGCUGCGACAGCACGAUUUCGAUUCAGAUGUCCGAGGCAACUUUCGUCUACCGCCACUCACUGCUCGACUAUGGCCGACUGAACACCUUUCUGCAGUUCGAACGCCGUCUGCAAGAUGCGUCCGCGAAGCGGCGAUCGAUGGGAACUCCGACGCGCCCGGAGAAACCCAGCAAGAAGUCCAUGGUGGAGAGGCAACCGUCGAGCGGUCUUCCGCGGGGUGUUACCGGGGGACGCGCAGGUCCCAUCCGGAGGUUCCGCACCACAGACUUCCACGGCGUCAACGACGAUCCCGUGAUCUCUGUGAGCCGUCGGAAGCUGAGGACAAUCGUUCGGGACCAUUCGUUUGUUACCACCCGCCAGCUGGUGUUUGGCGAGGACCGGAAGGCCCACGGCGGGGUCGGCGGACAGGGAGUCAUGUUCAGCACGCAUGGACCUGGCAGACCUCUCGACGGCUUGUUCCCAUACUACUACCCCGGAGGAGAUGCCAACACUGGCCUCUCCGGUCGAUAUCGCUACAGCCCUGUCUGGGGUGAAGGCGGCGAAGCUGUCCACUUUGUGGGAAACUUCGAAGGGCCUCCUGGCCUUCCGUUCUAUGAUGCGGGCGGCAUGGACCUUCCGGGUCUCGGCCACCCACGCGCGUGGCCUGAGGUGUUGGAGUUCGCGGGUCCUGCUGGGGAUCUUUUGGCCCAGGGCGGCUCCGGAACGUCGGGCCUUGUCAACGGCGUGCCUUCGGCUGGCGACAACGAGGGCGACGAAAGCGGGUCGGCGGGAGACCGCGAGACUUCGGAGACGCGGAAAUGUCUACCACAAGAUGAUGAAGACGAGGGCGACAUGUGGGAGGACACGAGUGCCCUGUACUCAUCGGACGCCACGGGGCUGUUUGGACCGUCCAGCUCGAGUGAAGAAGACGAGGAGGGCGUAGAUGAAGAAAUGAUUCUUGAAGCCGAGCGGGAGCCUGUCGAGUCGAGCGGCUUCGAGUCGAUCACCGAGGGUGUACAGAUUGUGGUCGAGCGCGCGAAAGUCCUGAUCCGGGAAGAGAAACCCGUUGGAGAACGAACAAUCGAAGUCGAUGUCGGGGUCCUGACAGCGGGAGCUCUCCUUUCGCCGUGCUUCCAGGCUGACGCGUCCCAGUCUGUUUCUCAGUUGUGCAAAAUCGAGAAAACAAGAAUUCGAUUACGGCCGAAUCGCGUCAAUGUCUCCGUUCGCGGAGUCCACACGGGUGUGUGUACGCCGCUCUGGUCUCUCGGGGCGACAUGGAAAUACUUCCUUCCUCACACCUAUCCAUUCACGACUGCGAUGCAGGAUCCGACAGCUUCCUUGAAGAAACUGAAGCAGAUGGGCCAGCUGCGAAAUAUCGACGCCUACGCCCGGAUGACAAUUGCCAAGCUCGAGGAAGAGCAGUACCAGCUCAUGUUGAAGGAGCAGGAGUGGCGAGACUCGGCGCCGCGGAAGCACGAGGAAGAGACGAAGAACAGUCGGGACGAGAAGGACGGAGGAGUGGAAACGGAAGACGCCGGCGGAAGCCUUUCCAUGGCCGACAGGCAGAAGGCUACGACUGCCGGAUCGGCGACACGGAGGCAUAAGGGAGACGCGGAGGUUUCCACCUGUAGUUCGCGGGUCCCCGGCGCUGCGGGGCCGCCUAACGAUCAGAGGACACAAUCGGCGACAGGCUCUGGAGACUCCACCAAGAAAAAGAUCGGAGCGAAGGAGCGACAGGCAGAUGGGACCCUCUUGCAGCGGUCGCGGCCCCCCCCUUUAGAUCCUCCUGAAAGCGGAGUCUUCGCCGAAGCUCUCGAGCCGCGUUUCAGUUGGCUAUUCCGCCCUGGUGACGAGCAUGAGGAAGGCGCCGACCGCCGAGAUACGAAGGACCGAGGAGGGAGCAACGACGACGAGCCCGAGGAUGGCGCGCGUCCUGUGGGUGUCUGUUUCUGUACCGGCUCGACAGGCGCAGCGAAGGCGGGGGAAGAAACGUUCGAAGAGGAAGCGCCUAAGGAAGACGCGAAAACGACAGCGAAACACGCCUCUAGUAUCUCUGGAGGCGCCCUGUCGACCACGGCGAGGGCCGACGAGAGGGAUGCUCUGAGCAGAGGGAAGCCUCGCGAUGUUGAGGUUUUGUCUGGGGCAGCAAGCGGUCGUGAGAUAGACCAGCGUCAAAACGCGAAUGGGGCAGAGAUUUUGAGUGCUCAGGCCCUGAAAAGCGGUCGGGGAAUAAGCUCCGACAGCGCCGCGUUGCUCUCGAGCGAAAAGCAGCUUCGCAUGCUCGCGGCUGCACGCGUCGCGACGCUGCUCGCUACCGACAAGGCGGCAGCUGCGAACGUGGCGAAGCGCGUCGUGAUUUCGUGCGAGGUCCUCAACGUCGGCUUGUAUACGGGGACGCAGGUCCUGGCCGUUGCUUUGAGCACUAACGAAAUCCGAGUGCGUCUGGAUCUGCAAGGAGAGUUGAAGGCUGUGAAGGCGAAAGUGGGGGAACUGUUCAUGCAGCAUGUGAACCCCGUGGCGCCUCCAGCGUCCGCGACAGGCUGUGAAACGCAGCAGCCACUCGGGCCCAGUGUCGGCUCGACUACAAAUCCGAGUCACGGGCAGCAGGGUGGCGAAGUCGGCGACGUCGCGGGGCGCCGGGGCGUGCGGCGGGCGGGCAGGGGGGGCAGUCUCGGCAACGAGCCUUUAGAUUCCCGCCGAGACCCGGCGUCGCUGUACCUCACAGGUGGGGCUCUGUUGACUGGAGAGAGCGGCUCCGCUGCAUUAGGUUACUCAAGCGUCAUUCUGUGCAGGAAUGUCGCUCACUUGGGCGUUGGAAGCAGCGAGACGCGCCACACCAUCGGCCUUGCGCAGCACAGGCUCCUGGAAGAAGAAGGCCACCCGAACCUCACAGGCGACGGCGGUGACGGGUCCUCUGGGAGAGGCUACCUUUCCGUGCAUGCAGCAGGGCGACGACAAGUUGGACAAGGCGGCGGAGCCAGAGGGACCCGGGCGGGCCACUCGACUGGGCCCGCCGAGUUGAGCAGCAUCUGGACUGGAAGUUCCGGACAUGAGGGCCAGGGACGGGGGUGCAAGCCAACGGGAAAGGGCAGCGGGGGUUUGCUGCGGGGUUCAAGUCGCUUGCGCAUGCUGCCGAGCGACGGCACAGGUGAGAUGCGGGACCGAGGGUUGAGGCGACCGACGGAGGCCGGAGGCAGCGAAGCGCGGACCCAGUCGGCACCUGCAGCGCGUCGUUUAGGAGAGAAAGGAAUAUCAGGGGGGGGGCGAGAGAAAAAAGAGCAACUAGAUGCCCACUUGACCCACGACUUUGUCGACAACGACGCGGAAGAUGGAGAGGACCCCGACGUCGGCGACGAGGAGAGCAGCCGACAGCCUAUGGCCCUUAGGGGCGGUAGUUCGGGGGUCACGGAUUGGAGCCUCGGCGGCUCGGGUGGACCGGCUGUCUCAGGCUUGCCAGCGAGCCAAGUCGCAGGAGUGGAGCACGGCAGACGGGAGAACGUUGACGACUUGCUUGAGGUCGGGCCACGCGGCGCAGCUUCCCGAUCAGACAGUCGCGCCAGCAGCGGGUUUGAGGCCCGAGGCCUAACUGACGAUGAAGCGACCUUGGUAGGCGUGGAGGGGGGGUUGGGGUCGCCCAGGAGUCGCGCCACGACACUGGUGUCGAGGCUGGAUCAGAUUGCACGCAGGAAGGCAAAAAGAGAGUCGUCGGCCACCGGGGUGGAGACGAACGGCGGGGACGAAGGCGAGAACGUGGAGGCCGGUGAGGGGCGGCCGGAUAACAGCCCGGGAGGCUUUCGGCGAUCGCUCCUCAGGGGUCGCACUCGCAGGCUGCACGCCUCCGCCAAGACUCUCCUGACGAGAGAUGACAGGACCACCUCCUGGAGACGCGUGACCGAGAAAGCGAAGCAACUUGCGGAGUCGAGCGCCCCAGCGAUGAAAACUUCGAACACGAUGGUCAAGUCUGGCAGGCUGUCGAGCAGAAGGGCGCGGUCCGAGGACCGGUCACUCCAGAGAAAAAUAGAGUACGCCCGUCGAGGUGCCUGCACGGUGGAAGGGAAGACAGGAAAUUUGGAUGAAUGGAGAGAGCUCAUCGAGGAUGCAGAGGACUGCUUCGACGAAGACAACGACGAGAAGGAGUUCUGGCCAGAUGGCGACCGCCAUGACGAAGCAGGUACCAUGAGGCUUUGCGGGUCGGGGGACCCCGACACGCAAGUGGAGACGUUCGUUUUUGGAAACGAUGUCUCCUCACGCGUAUCCGGUGUGGGCAACCAAGACGGUCGCCGCGGUCGGUCGGCUGACCCGGCGGCUUCGUCGCCGCCCCAGAUCGUGUUGUUCUGCUCCGUGAAUCCAGAAAAAGAUACAGUCGAAGCGAAUGGGAAACUGCGUUCUGUUCACUUGUUCCCUACGGUGGCGUUCACGUGCUGUGUAACAGAUAUCGCGCUUCAGUCCGUGAAGUUCUUUAAGGAGGAGACGCAGCGUUCGUCGCUCCUUGUUGCCAGUGUCACAGACGACCCCUUGAGCGCCCUUGUUGCUCGCCGGCACGGCAUGUCGUUUCUGCCUUUUGGUCGGACACAGGAUACCGACCCAGGGAUGAAGACUCGACAGGUUCAUGCGCCUGGGAUCAGUCGUAGUGCUUCUUAUCGCGCAUUGCGGGAUGAUCCAGGACCAGAGCCCUUCCCGUACCCUAUGCAGAAGCCGCCAGUGUCUGUACCUCCGCCACGAGGGCGACUGUUAGAUCCGCUGCUCUCAUCCGGGGAGUAUGACGUGAAAGCAGGACUUUCAGCGAACGGUCCUUGCAGAGAACGCAACUGGUCCCAGAGUACCGCAGCUUCUGUUUCGACUCGCAGAGCAGAAGACACAGGUUCGCAGCGCAAGCUCACGGCAUCGGCUGAAGACAGUCUGGGGGUAGAAGCCAGGACGUCUGGAGGCACGCAAGCUGGAACGGAGGACGAUGGAGAGUUGAAGAAGAAAGGCACUUCUCGGCAAAUCUCUGUCAACUUUGUUCUCGACGAUAUCUCUGUAAACCUCCUGACAGCUGACGCGCAGGCGCCACUGCUAUCGGGACCCGCGUCAGGUCUUCCUGGCGACGGCGAUACGUUGUCAUUUUUCUCUGGCGCCGUAGAAAGCGCGUUUGGGCUCGCGCAAAAAGUCGGAACAGAGUCGCAGUUCGCGUCCGCCGGCCUGGCCGCAGCGGGGCCUCACGGCGAAGCAAGCGUAGCCGUUGGGAGAAACACCGAUGGGGCUUACACGAGCCGAGUCACAGGUGGCACGCCGGCGAAUCCGUUGCCUGUCUUGCCUGGUGGGAUUGCAGGGCCCGGCGAGCCGGAAGCCGGUGCCUCUCCGUGGGGGUUUGUCGGGUCUCCAGUGGUUCGGGGCCAUCCGCCCGCGCACAGCUUCAUGCCCCAUCCAUUGAUCUACACAGCUCAGCAGUGCUACGGCAUCCAGAAACCUCCCCUUGUCGAACGGAUUCCGCCGCUGCUGGAGGGAGCGUCUGGAACGCAGGCGGUCGGCGCGAAACCUGAAGGCGGCUCUGGGAAGUCCCUAGCGGCAAAGAAGUCCGGAGUUUCGGCUCGCGCCUGGUCGCCUGCAGGAUCCGUUCCCGGGUUCUCGGCGACAGAGCCGGAUUCCGGAGUGAGUUUCGAUGCACCAGGUCGAAACGACUGUGUGCCUUUCGUCGCGUUCCGCCAUUCGCACAAUCCUGCAAUCCUCCCGACUAUGUGGACCCCAGAUGUUUUCAAUAAAACCGUGAUUGUGGACUGCCCGACACUGGGUCUGAAAAUUGAGACAGUUAUCUCGAUCGAGGUGCAGACGCGCUCAGGAGUCGAGGGUCUGGAGAUCCGAAGCACAGACGCGUCACCAAAGCAGGGGCGAGAGGCCUCUGAAGGACAAGACUCGAGACCCCAGACUAACGCCUCGCUCAAGACUGGGGUUGCCAACGCCGGGGAGCCGCAAGCUGGACCGCCACGCCACGAGGGUCGCGAGGCUGCCGCGAGGGCGACAGUGAUGGAGCAAACCAUAUCUGCAUGCAUUUGGCGAUUUCAGGUCUGCGCUGUCCGGAACUGUACGUGGACAGUGGCUGCCUUGGUUCUGUUCGACACCGAGUAUGCAGCGGUCCUCCGCCGAACUGUCGGUAGUGUGCCGGGAACUCCCGGCGCGGAAGCUGGCGACUUCGGCCACGGAAAUACGGAAUCUCACUGGCAGGCCCGUGGUGUCGAAAGUGGACUCGGUGGCUUAGGCAUGCACGACACUCGAGAUCACCGCGCCGGUGGGGCUGGUGAAGUGGAUGUGCUCGAUGCCGUAGAUAAUGGCCUUAGGCACGGGACUCGACGAGAUAAUGAUCAGGGUGGGGCGUAUCGUGGCCGCCCAUGCCACAGGAGCAUCGACGACUGGGCGAGCCGGGGGCCAGACGCCGGGCGCGGGGCGAUGGGAACAUACUUUGGACACGCUGGAUCGCUGGCGACCUCCAGCCAAAGUCUGAGCUUGCACGACACCCACGGCCUUACAGGAGUGGCUCGGGGCCCAGGUGCCUCUCCAGUAGACAGCGCCACCUAUGUGGGAAGUCUUCAUCAUGUUGCCGGCGACGGUGGGUCCUCUGGAGGAGGUACUGGCGGACGAUCGUCGCUAGCUGUGUCUUUCGUCGAAGGCAUGGACGGUUCCGAUGGCCAAGGACUCCAUGAUGACGACGACUCUUCCCCAGCGCCUGGGGACAAGAUCCGGUUCCGGCUUGGCACCGAGAACGUAGAGGGGGGGUCUUCACGAACGCCGUCCCCGCACUCGGGUGCUGUGACGGAUUCAGAGCUAGGCGCAGGGAUAGGUGGUCGAAGCAGAAAAUCGUGGCUUUUCCGCCGAACGUCUGCGUGGCUGACAGGGGCCGGAUCGACGACGGGUGCAUGCGGUGACCGUGUGGGUGCAGGGAAGCGAGGAGGCGCUGCGUUAGUCGAGGAAGACGUGCGUGCAAAACGAUCCAGUGGUCGCCUUCGCACGUUAUCUUCCGGCCCGAUCAGGCGCUUUGGGGGCGGCAGUAACCCCGAGGGCAGUUCUCCAGCUGGGGGCGCGCCCAACACAGUCGCGCACCCGGAAGGCGAAGGGAACCUGAGGAAAGAAGGAGGGAAAAAGGCUCGCCCCAUCCGACCGCGGUCGCGAUCCUGGUUUGGCCGAGCGUCGGAUUCCGAAUUGCAGUACCUCUCUUCCGCGGGCCCGGGCUCUUCUCACUUCGUCUCAGGGGAUGCUGGCCCGAUGUCUCCAACUAAUGGGGUGGAUGACAGAACGGCGGUCCCGCCAGUGCACUCCAAGGCGUCCGCAGGAGAGUCGAAGACUGCUUGGAUUCGCGGCCGUCGCCCGUUUCGCAAGGGGGUCAAGUUCUAUAGACAAGGUGUCAAGGACAGUGUACCGCAGGGCCGGCAGCAUAUGCCUGGCGGCUCUAUAGCGACUGAGAGGCCAGAUGCCUCCGGGGUUCACGCGAUGAGCCCGAGAGGCGUGUCACCGACUCCAGACGGCGGUGCAGGAACUCCAGGGGUAGGUGGCCCCUCGGGUGCACUUGGGCCGUCUGGUGGCGGCGCCGGCAAGAUGAUGGGCGCGAUGGGACCUCACGGCAGCGUCCUCGCAUACGGAACGGCCGGCGUCGGCGGGCUUCGGGUCUCUGGCAUGGUGUGCGAGGACGCCACUCCGGGAGGCACGCGGCGCCGGCCACGAACUGGCAGGGCUUCAGGACUCGGGCAAGAGGAUGCGGUGGGUCUGCCGAACGGAGACCUGCCUGGAGCGUGGCCGGGUGGCUUGCAGCCCGUGCACGACAGUAGCUACGGCCCCACUUGGGCUCCUGGGGGAAUGCGAGGCGGAUUUUGUGCCUACGGCGGACGCGAGGGGGACUGGCGCAUGCCAGACAUUGCGGAGGCGCCUGGGGAGCUCGAGGACGACAGUGGGGUCCUCUCAGUGGAUGAGGAAGUUGUGAGCUACGUCCUUCAAUCGUUUUCCGUCACUGUAAGGCGCCUGGCCGUCUGGAACGUCCUGUACGUCUCAGACGACUUCCCGUCGUUCUACAGUCCCAGUCAUCCAGUGAGCUCGGAAGCCAGCAUGCUGCCACGCUCUUUUGACGGACACCGAGACGUCUCCGCGCGCCGCGAAUCGAGUGCCGGCGGGACCUGCCAGAUUGGAGUCGAGAGCCUGGAGAGGCCAUCCCCGCGGGGCCCUUCGGACUGGACGUUUGCGUCCAGUCGACAAGGCAGCGGCGGAGGAAGUCCUCAGAGCAAGGGAACCGCAAGCGCCAAUUUCGGAUUUUCUCCAGAGAUUCGAGGGAAGCAGCUCCCACCGGGGGCACCUGCCGUGCCAAGCUUGAUCGUCCCACCCGUGAGGUCUGCCGAGCGACUGAAUUUUGUGGCCAGCAAUAGUUUCCGUCAUGGCGAAGACUCUGCUACCCAGCCAUCACCAGGCGUCGCGUUAGCCGACAGCCGGGGAAGGAAAACUGUCUGCCAUUCGAGUUCUGCGACCGCUCGUGGCCUGGGCUUGCACUCCUGGUCCGGAAUCCAUGGGCAUCAUGUAAGCGUCCCGUUCUUUUUGGGGGGAGCAGGAGACCAUGGUGUCCGGUCGAGCGUUGGGUUCGGUGAAGGUAGAUCGAGUCCUUUACGAUUGCUUCAAUCUAGGCACCACCCAAUCUUCAGAGGAGCUUCUCACUGCCACCCAGCGGCUCUGGCCAGCACCGCCGCAUUUAUGGGAGCUCUGGGAGCGGCAGGCCACCGAGGCGCCGCCGGCUUCCAUCCCUCCCUCUUGCACUUAGGCGGCGUGAGACGGCGAUCCUGGAUGCAAGCUGCGGCCGCACCCGCAGGAGGUCCUAUGGCGGAUGCUGCUCUCAGACAUUCGCGGCGCAACACGUAUCAGCGGCGCAAGGACGUGAGUGAGAUGACGGUAGAGUCUGUACAGCGUGCGAUAGGAGGGUCGGUUUCGUCCAGUGUGUGGGAAGGCCGAGCCGGAAACGCACGGGGCCCCAGCGUUGGCUUGACGGCGACUGCGGGCGCAUGGCCGGGGUUAGGACAAGAUCUCCAGAGUGCGUGGCCAGGAGAUGACGCCGCAUCAUUCGCGUCGCACCCGGACUUCCCGCUAGAGUUGAUCGAAGCCAACCUUCGUGCUCAGCAGGCAGCAGCGAAUCUCGUCGGAGUCAACCUGCUGCUUCAAGAGCUCUGGUGCGAUGACUUCGUUUCCAUGGCACUGCCCAGCGUGCCAUUCUUCGCUUAUGCGGUGGCGGCCCAGCAUCUGGCGCCUGUUCUUCUGCCUGUCGUUGCGCGCACAACUUCCGCGGGGGAACAGUCCUUUCUGCGGAAACAGCGAGACCAGGAGCAACAGGAACUCAAACGAAAACAGGACGAACUACGGGAGCAGACACUCUUGUAUGAACAGGCGCUUCGGGUGCGGGCACAAGGCAAGAAGGGGGCGGGAGACAAGGGCCCUGCCGCGAGCGUGGGCGCCGACCGCACCCUAGAGAGUAUUGCGGCCGCGACGGCAGAGGUGAAGCGGUCGAAUUUGGCGAGUGUCCGUUUUGACCCCGCGACCCAGUCCUACACGACGCGAGCGCGUUCCGUCCGCGAGCCAGACAGUCGCCGUGAAUCUUCUCACCUACCGGACGGAGGCGAUGCAGAGAAAGGUGCAGACGAAGCUUCAAGCCGAAGAGGCGAAUCGUCGACGAAGCACGGCCGUUCCCGCGCACAGGAUCCACACCUUACCAUUCUGUUCCGUCUGAAAGACUGGGAGAAUGCAAGGGCCGGCAGGUUUACGGACGCGGAUGACAAGGGUGAAGACAACUCCAUGAUCUGUAAAGUGUCUGUGCACCCCACGUUUUGCUCGGUUGACCCUUUCCUGAUGAAAACGAUGGUGCAGCUUGCGAGACCUGAAGGUGGGUUGGUCGGAGUUCUUCGGCGUUUCCAGACCGAGGUUACUCGCGUUAUUCAAGGCCAUCGCGAAGCGGCUCGAGACACAAGCUGCCGCGUGUCAGACGCGGGGAGAGACACAACAACAGCGGGUAGCUGGGAUCACGUCAGUGGCCAGUCUCCAGGGCGUGUCCAUUUCGGAUUGGAAGUAACGGAAACCUUGAGUGGAAAACCGCGUGCGGCAGCCCCCCUUUUGCCUGAGAACAUGAAACCGACGUCAGUCACUGGGGAAUCUGAUACCGACCGAGAACGCGUAGGGCGCCUCCCCGUUUCGCCUGGAAGGCCGGCUGGCGAUGCGCGCAGUCCCGGCCAGUCCCAGGGAGGCGCUGGAGCCGCUGAAGGCGAUGGGCAGGCCAAGGACAAGAUCGGGGGGCCAAGUGCGGGGACGAAGGCGGCGGCAGAGGCCACAGUUGAACGUGUCGACCACAAGCUGUGGGGUAACUCAUCACAAAAGCUUCGCGCAGCGGCGGCGUUCGCGUCCACCUUUCUUGAUCACUUGCCGAAGAGCGUCUUUCUUUCCGUUGCAAUUGAGUCGCUCCAAGUCUCCUUCCCUGCGACAACGGCGGUGCUCGCGGCCGCCAAGGUCCCCGUGUGGGUGCUGCCCUUCCCCACACGCUACUUAGCUGUUCCCGCGCAUCGAAUCCCGCUCAGAGCGGUGCCAUAUUAUCGUCUCGGGUGCUGCAGUGCGUUAUCUCACACGCCGACGGUCUGUCUCGAUGUCAUUGCGACUCUGUCCUGUGAGUGCAAGGAAGACGCGGAACAGCGUGUCGCGAACGCCUCGCCGUAUGGGUGUUCUGCCCACAUGCAAAGCGACGGUGGGGUAAGCGUCCCAAACAGUCCUGCUAUGGCCAACACUGGACAAGGGGUCUAUGUGGACUCUUCGCAGCAGGCAUCUCCAGCAAUGUAUCGACCCAAGGGAGGCUCCGUACCCGGUCCUGGCUUUGCUCAUGGCCAUCUGGGGCCUGGCGCCCACGUCCCAGCUAGUGGCGAGCAACCUGUAGGGUCUGUUUUGCCCGGGGGCUCGCCGUAUCAGCGAGGGACUGCCGAACCAUACCACGGUGUACAGGUUAGAGACGGCCUGCUCGUUCCGCCCAUUGGCGGCCCAGUGCUUGGCCGCGGGUCUGGACAAGGCGUGCAUCCCGGGAAAGCUCACUAUGGGCCUGUGUCACUGCACUGGGUCCCGGGAGGUCCUCGCCCUUCAACGGGCCGUGCCCGGUCGUUCGACGAAGAUGGCAGCUGGGUGCCCGGUGGUGUGGAGGAGACAGGAGGUCUACCAGGGACUACACCGACCGGUAAUGAGAUCCGUGACAAAUUCGGUGGGCAAGGCAUGGGUCGCGCUGUGCCUUCUGAGGUCGGGUCGGAUUCUGGCGGUUCUUUGGCGGGCCCUCUGUCGCUUGGGUUCCCAGUCCUGAGAGUCCAGCUGCUAGACCAGGCCCGCAUGCACGAUCCAGCUGCACCUAACAGCACACAGGCUGUGGCAGCCGCUCGUACCGUGGUAGUGAUGAAAACCGACGCAGAAGUGUCCGGUGACAACCUCAGUCAGCCGGGUAGGCGUCCGCCGUCGCCAAAGCCGCAAACGACGAAGUUUCCGCGGAGAGAGUCACCAGACCGCAGGGGGACGAGGCGGAGAAGUGAAAGCCGAGGCGCUGUUAGCAGGGUAUGGCCAGGGGAAAACCAGCGAAGACGGUCUGCCGUCGACGAUUCGAUACCGGCUAACCCCAUCGCUUUGAACGCGUGGCGCCCUGCGAUCCUGGAUGUUCGUGUGGACAGAGUGGAAGUUACAUACACGCCGGUCGAAAGCGAUCACAACACCGACACUGGCAGGGUCGAGUAUGGAGGGACAGAGCUGUUACAAGGGUGUCUCGAAUUGUCAGUAGGAAACGUGACGGUCUUCACGCAAGAUGGGUCUCGUCUCCUACGCAACACAUCGUCUUUACGAAGGUUGUUCUCCAUCCCUUUGAGUUCUUCAGCGCCUGGAGGUCCCGGCCAAGCGACACGUUCCAACCCUGCAUCGCCCACGCCUUGGUGGCCGCAAUUUGGCGGCGCCGGUGGGGGCCGGAUGAGUGUUUCCGGCGGCCCUGGAAUCGGGCGCCAUGGGGUCCCACCACCUGUGACUAAAAAGGAGGCGAUGCGAUUCGGUCUUUCUGCGAUGCUCGCUGGUCGGUUAGAGGACAGAUUUAUCGAGCUCUGUGUGAGGAGCUCGCGUUUCGCAGUCGAGGCCAAGGGCCGUGUAGCCAUGGCGCGUGUAGAGGCGCAGAUUGGUCAUUUGGUAGGUUGCGUAGACUGGGUGUUCCUUCUCGCCGAUUUUUUUAAGCAGCAGCAGAAGGCGGAGACCAUGUAUCCGGCAAUCGAUUUCGGCUGUUGUUUCUCGACGGCUAUGUUCCUCUCGGGGGAAGGAGUGAAGAAUCUCCUCAGUGAACAAAUUUGCCUGGUCGAGGCGAAUCUUGCGGCUGAAGAAAGACUCGAGUUCACCACAACGGGGUCGACAGAGGUGGUAGGAGCCGGAGAUCGUGUGGAUGGACACGAGGCACUGCUUAGAGCCCGUAGCAGCCGUCUCAGCGAUAGCAGUGAAUUCUUUGGAAAUCUCGAAGAAUUUGAAAGAAACUCGGCCGUUGGACGAUCGGCUGAAGGCGUUGGUGAAGAUCUGUUCCUCAGCCCUGAUGCUGGAAGAGACAAUAUGUCAGGUCGCGCUUUCGACGGAUCUGACGACCCUUCCCAUGGCGAUGACAACCAUGUGGAAGCCUGUCUCGCGGGUGCUUCCGAUGUGCGCCAUAGACACGAGCAACAGCUGCAACUUUUGAGGAUGAUGAAACAAGCUCGCGGACUGGGUCUCGUGAAGGUCAUGUUUCCAGCUUUUGAACUGCCUCUGGACUGCACCCCGUUGGGUGACCUCGUGUUACCCCCUCUUCUGCCUCCACUCCUUCCGCAAGAGCCUGUCCCCCACCUCCCGAAAGACAAUCGCAGCGGCGAACGUAUGGCUUCAUUCCCUCACUCGACUCCAGUUUCCGAGGAACGUGCCAGUGUGUGGGGACAGGGAGCGCAACCCGAUGGAGAACGAAUGUGGGAGUCCCCCCCGAACGCAGUCAGGUAUCUCCAAAGAAUGAGCACGAGUGGACUGCUCGAGCACCACGACGGAAAGCUGAAGAGAUUGAAGUCCCGUCAAGGAUGGCGUUUGCUAGGCGCAAAGGCAACUCCCUCGGCAGCUGCUUACAACCGAGCUGGUCCUGCGACAGCGUUUUCGCGGAAACACUCUGGUGGCCGCUUGCUUGGGCCGGUUCUGAGCUUAGAUGAGUCUCACCCGUGUUCCCCAAAUUGGAUCCAUCGAGACAGAAAUUGCUUUCCGAAAGGUCAAGAACCACUGGAAGAUGGACGGGAUCGCGGCUCCUUCAUCGGACGCUCUGAUAUCACCCCACAGCUCGGCGACCCUGGCUUCUUCUGUCGAGUGGGCGAUGGCGCCGACGACGAGAAUGAGAUCCGGUCUGACGUGCCUACGGAUGCUUCAGCAAAACGCGGAGCGCCCGGAGGCCGACGCGUAGGGCGAGAUCGGCUGCGUAAAGUAGUGAGGAUUCGCGGGCUUUUUGGCCGCAAAAAGAAGAACAAGGCUUCCGAGGCAAGCGGACAUCCUUUAGACUUUGAGGAGUAUUCGAUGGAGGAAGACCAUGACGGUGAAGACGACGAUCAGUCUUCCCGUCUACGGUUCGGCUCUGCCGGGGGCAGUGCGAGCAUUCGUACCCUCCGUAGACCUUCGUCUUUGCAGACCUACCGCAACCACUCUAUGUCAGGAUCCAUGCCAAAGGGUUUCUUCUUUUCGCGGGCACAGCGUAACGCGCGACGAGACCAGGGGCCUGCCGACGGUCCUACUCCGCCACGCGCUUUCGAUGCGAUGCACGCAGUCUGUCCACCGGGAAUUCUUCGCCACGAAGAAGUCGGGCGCCCCGAUCUCCGCUUCGGCGCCGCCCGCCACGUUCCACGUUACGGAGACGAGCAGUCGCAUCGGCACCACGAGGACUGCGGAGUGUCGGGCGCAACUGUUUGUUCAAACACUCGCGGGUCUUGUGGUUCUGCUGCUGUCUCUGUUCCGGCCUUCUCCAAAGCAUCCACCGUUGCCGUUUUGAAGGGCAUUCGCGAAGCCCUUGCUGCAGCGAAGAAGCGGAGCAAGCACAUCCUCACGGCGGGACUCCCUCAGAGAAGAAAGACAGUGUCAGUCGACCUGGACGGCAUCGAGGCCUGGAUCGUCCUUCCUCCUUCUGACACGGCACACCGCGGUUCCGGAGCGGGGGCAAUAUCCGGUGGCGGAAGCUACGUUGGCGGGUCGCUAGGCACAGGACUGGGACCGUCAGGGGGUGCCGAAGCCGGUGAGCUGAGUGCCGUGGGUGGCGGGAAGGGUCCCACCAGUGUACAUGCCCGAACAGCCACGUGUAGCACAGCCACACCGGGGGCAGGAGAUGGGUCAUCUAAACCGCUGAUGGAGAGCUCCGAGGAUCGCUGUGGAAGCGCUUUGUUGCCAGGGGGCGAUCCACGCUCAGCUGUUCCCGUGGAAUCAGCAUCGUUGUCCACCAACACCACCGUUGAGUCUUCUGGGAGCAGUAUGAUGAGCUGCAUGAGCAGCGGGGACACCGACUCCUCCUCCUCAUCGGGAUCAAGUCUCUCAGAUGACGACCUCCUUUAUUCGGCCAUGUCUCCCUCAGUGUUCUCGACGGGGUCGAUGCUCCCCAGACUGCAAAUUCUCUCCACGGCCUACAAAGUUGCGGGGUUUCUCCUCGACGAAGAACAACGGGAAAACAGCAAGAACCGCCAGACAAUUGCAGUUGGUGCGCUGGUUUGUUGCUCCCUGAGUGUGCAGCAGCUCGGCGCAGAAGUCAGCUCGGGAGUACGUGUGCGCAGCCUAAGCGUGAUGAUUGGAACGCCCACGCCGAGUGAAACCGUCAUCGACUUUGUGUCUCCGGGCCUGUCCCGGUACAUUCAUCUCCCUUCCUUCCCAGGCAACGCAAAGUGGCUCACCGCGGCCGCCAACUCGCCUCCAGGGGUGGCGGGAGGUUCCGUAUCCACUUUUUACGGCCCCCCGCUGGGUUGGACCGAUGGAGCCUUAGCACCAAGUGGCUGGACAGCGGCUACAGGCGGUGGUCGGUGUUACUAUGAAACAGGGGCCCACAUGGGAACUGCUGGUAGGACCCAGGAAUCCGGUUUCGCCGUGGGUGGCCCUGCUGCCGUUGGCCUGUCCGACCGGGGAGGGCUUGCGGCCCCGGCUGCUCAGGGUCAAGUGGCGAUGUCUGCAGCGGCGGGCGGAUUCGUGCAAGCAGAUGCAGUCAAUGGAGGAUUUGAUGGGACCGGGACGCGGGGAGCCGCUGUGAAUAUGGCUGGAGCCUUCGAACGCCCUGUUGGAGGCGGACCGGAGUUCGCGAAUGCGGCGUCGACCUCAGGGACGAGGGCGUUCGUUUCGGGUGUUUCAGGAAAUGCCAAAAACCCACAGGCGCGCAACACCAGUUUGAGUUCCUACGGCCGUGCAGGUCCGCGACUGUCUCGCAGCUCAGACGAAGGGUGGCGCGUGACACUCCGGGGUCUGCCUGCUGUUCUCGAGGGUUUCAGUGGCGCUGUCUUGCUGCCCAACGUGCACAUCCGGACCGACCACCUGAUCUCGAUCUCGCCAUCGAAUUUGGAGUUUUCAGGCGUCCCAGGCGCCUCGGGCCGCGUUCACCUCGACAUCAAUGACCCGCAGGUCCACUUUUCGUUCGAAAUUUUCCAAGGUCUUGUCGAGAUGCACUCACGUCUCGAACAAGAAGUCGCGUCUGCAAAGGAACGGAUUGCUCGCAACUUGUGCCCUUCUUCCCAAAUUCUGUCGGCGGUCGUGGCAGUCCAGCGGAUCGCUGAAGCUGCCACGCACGUGGCCGCCGGAACACACGGCCGGGGUACCUCCGUCUCUUCGCAGCUGUACUUUUCUCAAGACGUGGUAGUGGGGAGUGCUGGAGCGGGGACGCAAGAGACGCUGGCGUCUCAGCGACACGUAGCAGGCGACGCCGGCAGCAGUGCGCUCUCCGCAGGGGGAAGCAGUCGAAGCAGCGAGAGCGGCGCCGUCGCUGGCGGCCAGACAGAUAACGCCAAAUUCGAACUUGUUCGAGUCCUGUACCCUCACGUCUGCGGGAGAUUCAUCACCAAUUACGUUGUUCGAAUGGGAGACAACAGCAUGGAAGGGCAGCUGCUUGAUGUCCUGGCAGCCUCCUUGGCGGGCAUUCCCGCGACCGGGGGCCAUGCGCCACAGGCAAGAGUUGCUGUCCUCGCAUAUGCGCCGACGAUGAGCAAGUUCGGAGGGUCGAACGGCCAGGGGACCACUGUAGAGGACUUGCAGAAACAUGUGACCAAAGGCGUGGGGAUCCCUCGCCGAACAAUGCUCGAGUUCGACUCGUUUGAACGCGCGUCUUCAGACAGCGACUCUGCCCACAGCGGCGCGACAGAAGUUAAGUCACCGUCUGGAGUGCGAGAAUGGGACGAAGCCAGUGGGGCUGGAGGGUCUCUUGUUCACGGGACGUGCCUGUCGCACGCAGGCGGCGUGCACUCCAACUGGAGUGGUCAGCGAGGCGAUGGCGAUGUAGUAGACCUGGAUGGCGGCCAUGCACCAGGAACAGCUAGCCACCAGAAUUCAACCAUGCAUCUAGCAGGGACAAAACGCAGUAGCGCAAGUAGUGUGGUAAUUCCAGGCCAACAGCGGGAGACAGUCGUCCCAACGACCACGGCUGGAGGAUCUCCUGCAUCCGCUGGAGAUAGCCGACCUACGACGGCUACCACACCCGCAGGGGGGGCGCCGUCAGGGAUGAGCAGUGUCGGAUUUCGCUUGGGUAGCCGAGCGUCUAUGGAGGAGGGUGUGUCGUCUUAUGGCCACGCGAAGGGCUUGGGUGGGAGAGAAGAUGGCUACCUUGACGAAUACUCUGAUGAAGAGGAAGAAGCAGAAGACGUCCCCGUCGUCAAAAUCAUGGAGGCGGUCGGUGUGAGUCCUGCCUCCGUGCAAGCUGUCGGGGGGGGCGGUGCAUGCGGUCCGACAGCGGCCAGUGUCGCCCCAAGUGUGGUGGCUCCAUCUGCGGGGCCCUCCACGGCUUUCGGAGAUGCCAGUGGCUACUUCAGCUGGAGAGGCUCUGCGCCUGAUGUAGAAAGAGUCCCGAUGAUAGGCGAGGCCGAUGCCGUUGGCACGUCCGUCCUGGGACAAGGCGCAGUUGAGUUCAGCGAUCCAAUUCACAAGAUGCUAGACUUCCUGUUGGCCUUAACCCAGUACAAAGCGGAAGGCGAGACGGAGUUGGAUGUCCACCUCGGCGUCAGAGAGUGCACUGUCGAGUUCCAUGAUUCUCACGGUUCCCUCAUGAAGGUCCGCAUCCUCGUCGUCAAGGGACAGACCUACAUCCACCCGCCUGUCCGUGGACUCAAUGCUUUGAAGCGGUUUGGCGCUCGGAUGGAAGUGAUGAUUACGGGAUAUGAUCCCAUGAGUAAUUCUCAGGAGGAGAUUCUUCAUCCCCUCACUGCGGCUGUCACCAUGAAGCGCGAGUACUCCGAUCCCCUCGUAUCGGACUGGUCCUGUCUCCACAUUCAGGCUUCCCUGGGUGGUGUUUCCUUCGACAUCAGCAGCGGGUUGCUCCAACUUGUUUCGUACAUCAUCAACACAGGCAAAGAAAUUCUCGACCAUGAAGAGGGGUGGCUUGGCACCCACAACAGUCUCCGCGUUUACAAUGACCUCCACACUGAGAUCUUGGUUAUGCACAAGCAGCGCACAAGAGACAAGUCAAAGACCUGGCGCUACCAGAAGCUCCUCCCGAAUCAGUGGUUGGUGGCCCCGACUUCGCUGUUGUUCUUUUCCGUCCGGAAGUACUUCCCGCGUGAAUCCACGGGUGCAGAUGACGACAGCGAAAAUGACGCAGGCGUCUGGCGGAGCCCGUCGCUUCAUCUCAACGACGAGGACGACGUUCGAGCCUUCAUCGACAGUCUCAUGGCCCUAGGCACAAGCCGACAGAAGAACCAGUGGCUCAAGGCGCAGGAGCGGAUUCUCCUGUUUGCCAGCACGCGAGCAACGCAGCACCCUCUCGAGCUUCUCGCUGAGGACAUGCCCCUCUUGACUGGGGACGGGAUAUCUCCGAACGACCGAACGGGCUCGCGCACUGCAGCCGAACAGCUCCUCCAGCUCAUGCGUCGCGAGCCCGGCUGGUGCAAUCUCGGGCGCUUGCAUGCAGACUACUCUAAUUGUCGCUGCUACUGUCUCCACAACGCCGGCUACAAAGUUCUCGUCGAGCCGUAUGUUGACCGCGUUCGCGGUGUCUGGAGCCUGACAGUUGGCAGUUGUGUGCAGAUUCAAAACAGCUGCUCGAUGCCGCUUCGAAUCUACGAAGGCCGGCACCGCACCUAUUUCCAAGGUGUCGCCAACAGUUGCUGUGGAAGGACAGGGAGACUCGAGUGGAGGCGAACGGACCUGGGGAACUUCAUUGACAUCAUGCCGCAGUCGAGGCGCUCAGUCCCCCUGUCCUGGUUCGAGACGGGUCGGUUGCCGGGCUUCGCACCGCUUGUCGAGCCGGACGCUUCUUUGGAUGUCCUGUGGCGCAUGAAAGAAGAAGAAAACCGUCCAUAUGGGGCGCGAGCGUGGACCGGUCAUGGCGACACUUCGCUGCCGCCGGUUCCCUUCUACGCGCUCCACAAGCUGCUGAAUCAGAAGAACCCAGGCGACAACCGCCGUCUCGCGCUACCGCCUUUCACCUUGCAGCCACGAGGCAUUCUCAUGUUCCACGGGUCGGUCGAUGUCACCGAUGUGCCUUCCCAGCAUACCAAUCGGAUCGCCCACAAGUACGUCGUGAAGAUCGAGCCAAUGCUGACCAUCAAGAACACCCUUCCCUUCCACAUAUCUAUUCGCCUCUCUGUGCGGAACAGCCAACAGAACCAUCGCGGGGCUCGCGGCAGGCGCCGAGCAGCGCAAGGGUCGCUGGAGUCAGGACUCGAAGGCAGCGCGAUUCGGGGCCUUCACACAGACACAAAGCCAGACGCCACUGGACCGGGAUUGGGUGCGGGCCUCUUGGGCCUUCCGCGUCCCGGGAGGGGCGAAGCAGGCGGCAGUGGACUGGGGGCGCAAGACAGCGGUAAAGGGGGCGUUGGCAGCGGUGAUCCUCGCGGAUCGACUGGAGCCGGUCGCUUGCUAGGAGACCGAACUGAUCGUGAAAGAGACGUCGGCAAGACACCCGAGUCUUUCGACAACUGGGGUGAGCGCGGUCGAGAAGAGAAGGGACGCUCGGGCGGGGAAGCGAGGAUGAUAGCUCCUUUUGGGGGUGCUGGAGGCAAAAGCAACCUGAUGCUUGACCGAAGACGGAGAGGCAAGCAAACAGACGCGAUGAAGCUCCUCAGCAACAAAUGGGUCAAGGCCAAGAUCGCCCCUCACGAAGUAUGGGGGAUUCCCGUGAGCGAGCAGCGGCUGUAUAUGAAGGUGUCUGUCCACGGCGCGCCACUCGAGAUCUUCGAAACCAAGCCCCUGCCUGCAGAGUUCAUCAAUGAAGUCCAAAAUUUCAUCAGCCCUCUGCGGUCCAAGCACGCAGGUGGAGGCAGUUCCGGUGGCGACGUCGAGAACACUGCAGCGCCACAAGGAAGGCGAGGUUCGGGUGCGACGGAACACCUGUUCCACCAGCCUUCGCGUAGGAAAACGUACUUUCACCAGGGACCUCGAAUGGUCUACGAGUCCUCGCGGUUCUCCGUUUUCCUUCCGCACCAAGAAACGGUAACGGUCUCGCGCGUCCUCUACCACAGGCGAGGCAACCUCCGGGCGCUGCUGCCUGAGUCGGCGCGGCGGUUGGCUCUCGCAGAUUUGGGAAUCAUCGCGGGCCGGAAGCACCGAGGGCGGGCGGCAGGCCUCGACAUGUAUGCGCAGAUGCAAGUUGCGGCAGACGUGAGUCGACGGCAAGUCACCAUCUUCAGUCCGUACUUCUUCGAAAACCUAACAGAUGCGACACUUGCCAUUAAUGGCCUAAUUGUGCCAAGCAAGUGCCGCCUGUACUCGACAGAGGAAGAUGCGAAAAAUUUGAUUCUGAAGGUCUUCAAGGUCGACCCGCUGAGCAACCAGAUUCUCCAUACACACCUCAGCAAGCGUAUGGAUCUCACCGGCAUCUCAACUGCUCGGCUACCUCUUAGUCUGCGAUUUUCUCCUGUUAAACGGAAUAGAGGCCUGCGAUUUGGAUGGGGAAAGCGACGCGCGGAGGCGACCGGCGCGUCGACUUCAUCGCUGCCCGAUCGGCAGGUCUUCCGGGGCGGAGAAAUAUUGUCCGCGGAGAAGUUGAGGCCGCUGUGGGAAGACGCGGAUUUAAGUGAAGGUCGAGAUAAGGAUAGUGAUGGCUUGCAAACGGUCGUGCACUCUGCAUUCAACGAUCAUUGGCAUGAGCAAGACAGUCCGCAGGAACGCAGUCUGACUGAAGAUGCUCAGUCCGACUGGACUUAUACGGAGAGUCUUGAGGAAAGAACCGAUGAUAAGCCGGAGGACAGUGACGAUGACGACCAAGCUUUCUCCCACAGCGACUCUCUUUCGGAUGGGAUCACGGGUGAACAAAGAGAGAGGAGGGCCGAGGGAAAGACCGGGGUGGGUGUCGGGUCGGCACGCACGCAUGAUGUACCUGGAGGACGCAGAGCCCGUGCUUUCCGGGACCGGCUUAUGCGGAGAGGCAGAGACAGUUUUAUCCGCGGCAAAACCCGGCAUUCAGCUGCGAGUCUCGGUAAUCGAGUGCCCACGAACGCUCAGUCCCCCACGUGGUACUCCGAUGGACAGGACCAGGACGCUCAGCGGGAGAACAGGAGCCCGCUAUGCUUGCGUGGUGGAGCCCAGUCUCUGUCGGGCGGUCGGCCUGGCAGCAGCGGUGAGGACAGCCGCGCGAACGAAGGUGUCGGCAAAGCUGGCCGACGCAGAUCGAAGCGGAGUCGGCUGCUGUCCCACAUCCGGCGGGUCGAGGCCCUUCAGAGUUUGCGUGAGCAGCAUGGUCGCAUGCGCGAGCAAAGGGAGCGCCGGCCGAGUCGUGGAGAGAAGGUCCGGAUCCAUGCAACUGUCCCGGCUCCGUCUGAAAGAGAUGACGCGGUUUCAGUGUGCGAAACGGUUCAAGCCGACUGGAGCGGCCCUGCGGGCGCCCCUUCAGCAGUCAGUGUGCCGGUGGGAGCUGCGACUGCAGCGGCGGAGAAGGGAACAGCAAGCGCAGGGAAGAUAGCACUUUGGAGUGGAAGCACCAGCAUCGUCAUGGGGUGCUGUACGCGGUAUGCUGAGCUGCCGUACAACACGUCGAAGAUUGUUAGCUUCAUUAACAGAUAUGAGUUCGUGUCGCAGCUCCCUUUCCCUGUUCUCGUCCGAGACGUCCGUGCGAAGUCUGGCGUUCUCGGAGUCAUGAGUGCUCGGAUGAAGCAACGACUUUGCGAAAUGGUGCUUCUCCCUGGCCAGUCAAAGGCUUUCCAUUCGAUGGAGACGAAGGUGACGCUCACUCAUCCCGCGCGGACACUGACGUCUCUUCCCUUCUCCCUCGUUCCACCCCAUGUCCCUUCUUCAUUCCAGGUCGAGCUCCUGCCUUCCACGCCCGCAGGCGCGCCAGCGAAAGGUUCCUCGGGCGCCACCCAGCCGCAGCGGUCUCUUAUCGUCCAGGUGAACAUUGUGUCGGGGCUCUUCGGCGAUGUGCCAGCGCUGCCCUACACGUACAACGGUCUCUUCCUGGUCCUGACCAUUCCGUCGUGCCCGCAGUUUCAAAUCUGCAACCUCACACGCUACUGUCUCGCCUACCUCCCAGGAGAAACGACCCGUCAGCACCGGCAGCAUAUCCAGGCAGAACAGGCCCAAGAAGCGCAGUUGAAUGCAGCGGGAACCCUCGGCGACCAGGGAGGCUCGCAACCAUCGUCCGUCCCGAUUAGCGCUGGGGGCGCGGCAGAGACUGGCAUAGGAACUCAUCAGCUCUAUCCUCGUGGACUGGGUCAAUCGCACAUUGGCGUGACAGCGCGGGAAGGGAAACUGACCAACGCCGGGGGUGUGGUGUCUGGGGCGCGCACCUCCAAAGGCCGUCCAGCGAAUGGAGCAGGCGCCGCCGAGAAGGCGACCGCUGGAAUGGUGACGACAGCUCGGUUAGUACCACCCCACUCGGCUGUUCCAUACAUUCCGCCAGUCCAGAAGAAUAUCGAAAACGUCCGUGUCCAUCUGCGCGUUGUCGACGCUCAGCAUUGCGCGUGGUCCACCCACUGUCUCGCCAAUGUUGUUGACCACCUCCAACCGAUUGAGUUUCUUCCUCGGCGGGUCGCGGCGUCGACCAAUGGGUUCGAGCAGGGACAUCUCCACGACGGAGGCGAAGACUGCCGCGGAAUCGGCACGGGGAUGUUCCAAGCUGGCGGCCAAGGCGCUUCGGGAUCUACCGCCGACAAUGUAUCCCACAUUCAGUCUUUAUCUGCUGGCAGGCAAGGCCACGCCCCGUAUACACUUCUUGCUUCGCCCGCGCAACCAACGCCUUCUGGAAGUCAGCAACAGCUUACGGCGCUCGCGGCUUUGCGGUCAGGCGCAGGCGAAAUGGGAACCGCCUCCACAGGCAGUCUCCCGCUGGUCCUGACAAGUCAGCGGCCAGGGAGCUACCAUAGUGGGCAUGCUGUGACUAGUAUCCCAGCGAGCACCCUGCACUUAUCUCCGCCGCCCCCGACUUCGGCAACGACGCUCAGCAUUGUGACGACGAGCCACAUGUCGCCGAGGUCUCAGCAACCGCGGUUCACCCCGCCAGGCGCCUCUUUGGCAGAAGCCAGCGGAGCGGGAGGCGCUGCCUGGGCCUACAGGAGCGGGCCUGCCCUGUCAACUGUGGGAGCCCCUGUGUCUGAUGGAGCGUUCUACCUUGCUUCUGCGCCGAACGGAGUCGGGCCUCAGCCCUCGCCUGGAAUGGUUACGCCGACGAUUAGCGCGAUUCCUGGAGUCUGUGGAGAGCGGCACCGCGUAGGCGCGACGGUGCUAGGUGGACCGGAGGGACCCGGUGAAGGCAGUCUGCUGGGUAUCGCAGACUACACUGACGUAGCAACUCAGGUCGAACUCACACCAAGAAGGAGAGUCAAGAUUUCCGAGCAGAGAUUGGCAGCGACAGCGGAGAGUCCAGUCACGGCUGUCUCGUUUGUAUCUGCACCCAGUGCGCCUCCACCCCAGCACAGCACAUCACAAGCGGCACCGGUUCAGCGGAAAAAGUUGUGGACCUUCCUCAUUGUCUCCAACACAGGUUCUCGGCUGUUGAUGGUUUGUGAGUCACGCCGAAUGGCGCACAAAGUUCGGUCGGGUUUAGCAGACUUUGGCGAGCACCUCGGAUUCCCACAGACAGCUGGCACGGCAAACAGUCGGAUCCCGUCUCAGAAGUACUUGACGUCGAGCGCAGUCGCGUUGUACCCGGGACCAGAGCCGCUGGCAACGGGUUCGACUGUCUUAAGUCCUUUCGACGACAUACGCAGCAACGGGCUUUGGGGAAGACAACCCGGAGCAGGCGGAUGGGAAAGUGCCACAAGUAGCCGCGAGAGUCUCUUUAAAAAUCUGGAAGAGUGGAUGCGCAGCGUCCCCGGAGAGGUUUAUCGCGCGGAUGUCGCGAGUCCCCUCGUCAUUUCAGCCAAUUCUGCAGAUCUGUGGUUCGGCCAUCCAGCCAACCCUGCCAGGGGCCCCGGCCUGUUGGAACUUCUGAUGUCGCUGUCCAAGACCGACGAAGACGAUGGCAGUGGGCAGGGUGACGCUCUGCUUGGGACCUGCCAUGGAGUCAGUGGCAGAAAAGCAUCGAAGAAAGGAAAACAGAAGAAAAAGAAACAAAAGAAGCACGCGGACCGUGACAUCGUCCAAAGACCACCGCCCUGGCUAGGUCUCAGCUACGAGUUCCAUCUCCCGAGACUGACAAUGACCUGGAUUCAUCAAAAUGAAGUGGUGCUCGCGCUGCACAUGACAAACUUUUCUGUAGCGGGGGGUGUUAUGCCUAAAGACACAGAAGCUAUUUUCCGUGCGUACCCGGCGCUGAUCCACACAGCUGAACAGAAGAGAAAGCAAGUGGUGAUGGUGCCUAUGAGGGGCAUCGUUCACGUGAGCGACCUUCCUGAAUUUGAGUCUCGGCUGUGGCGUAGAAAACAGAAGCGUCGUCGCCGAAGGAGACGGAGACGGGAGCGUGAAGGACGCGGUGGCAGCCAGGGCAUCGGGAGCGGCUUCGAUGAAUCGGGAGACGAGUUGAGCGAGGGUGAUGAGCACAGCGAGUCUUCUGGAACCGAGGGAGGAGAUCUGUAUGGAGGCCGUUCGACGGGCGUUGGUGGGGUUGGCGGGGUGAACGGCAAAGGGAAGAAAACACGAGGUAGUCACUCCUCUCCUCCGGACUUCCGAACGCUUCUCUUUACCAAUAGUACUGCCUCGAUCCUCUUGCAGAUUUCAAUGUUGCAUCUCGAUCACUUCGUGAGAGGGGACAUCCCCGUCAUCUUGAAGAACACACCGCCGAAGGAUUCGAAGCAGAAAGACGUCUUCCUCUGGUUCAACGUGCAGCGGUCUUUGGUGGACCCGCGGCAAGCUCCCAUGUAUGACUUGAUCGAAUUGAAGAUCAGCUCUCUGAGCGCUAACAUCGAGUUGCUGGUCAUCGAACAGCUGAUACAACUGGCGGAGAAGGAGAUGCAAAUGCUGGAGGUCUUCCAAACCACUCGACAACAGGUGUGCCCGGCGCUUCAGACGGCGCUGAAGUGUCGGGAGGCAGUGAAGUCCAUCCUAGAACUGAACGCAGUCGAGAAGCACUGGACUCACCAGCAUAGGGGCUCGUCUCAACCACAGCACGUAGCGCACGCGUUGAACGUCGGUGCUAUCUCAGGACCGUCGUAUACUCUAAAUCAUCCAGGAGGACCGUCUACAGUGUCGACGGCGGGGUUAACUUCUGGGGCAAUUCUAUCCGCAAGUCCCCUUCUUGGGGCAGCGGGCAUGGCUGCGCCGGCACAGCAACUUUUACUGUCAGACCAGGGCCUCCCAGGGACUGGGGCAGUGUCGGGUACUCAAUCGGGCAGCCAGGGAGCUGUGACGGGGGCUGCGUCUGCGUUGGGAGGGGCUCAACAAUCCGAAUCGCUGGACCAGGUGUGGCGACAUUUGCCUCUCCAGCUUCAGUACUACUGCGAGCCUCGCAUUCUCAUCUCUACAAAAGAUUCCCACGUUUUCGUCUAUCCUAACCCCCGAUGGGUAGAGCUCCAAGACGCGGCCCCGAUCUACCUGAAACACUUACGCAUCGCACCUAUGGAUCUGACAGUGUCCAUUCGUACAAGUGAACAUCGCAUCUCGCGACAAGUUCUCCACAUUGUCGACGCUCUGCCUUUAGAUACCCCGUACAUGAGUAUUCAGAUCGCCAGCGAGAAGCGCCGAUUCAUCGUCUGCUCGUGGGAUGAACUGUUCUACUCGCUACGCAACAGCUACAUGAGACAGUUCAUUCGACAGUCUCUCCCGUCUGCUUGGAUGUCGAACCCAUUCGCCUUCGCCAUGGGCUUUAUCCGUGGGUGUGGGGCGCUUGUCGGUCAGACAGUGAAGGGAGCGACGAGCGGCGGGAAUGUGUUCGAAGGCCUUGUUACGGGAUUCCGCAUUGGAUUUAUCCUCUUCAUCAUUUACACGAUGGGUGGAAUCAUGCAGUCACUCAGCCACAUCUUAAACAUUCUCCACAAGCUGCUCGGAGGCAGCAGACCCAGGCCGUAUGGCGUCUUGGAUGCAUUCUGGAAGGGCUUCAAUGGUUUCCUGCUUGACACUUUUUGGCGACCAUGGGUGGGUAUCGCGACUGAGCCCAUCGCCAGCGUCAAUAGAGGCGACAGCUGUCCUAAGACGACAGCAAUUCUUUGCAUAUGUCUCCUGCGAUGUAUCUUCUCUCCGGUUUUCGGUAUCCUUAACUUCCUAACAUCGGUCACUGAGGGAUUCUCCAACACUCUCAUUGGAGACUUUGAGCAGUUCACGCGUGUGCAAGAGCGAGCAGAUCUCGGAAAGAAACACAAGCAGGUCCCUCAGCACGGUCGCAGGUCGCGUACAGGUAGCAUGCUCGACGUCUCCGGAGGGUUUCUAGGCGCGCCGAGCUCACCCGGGAGCACUGCGUCUCCGUCUGCGAGCUUUGGCACUUCGCUGGUUUCUACGGCGGGCAGAGGCAGUAUAGGAUUCAUGAGUCGAGGAAUGCCGUACUUUGGAGCUGGCGGGCAGGUCUCGGGCGGUGGUGGAGACAGAGGUGACGGUGCCGGGGUAGUCGGAGACUGGGGACGCCUCAACAAUGCCUCGCCCGCUAUAGGCGACGGUGUCGUUCGCGGUGGACGAGACAGUAGAGGCUUCUUUGAGGUGGCGGUGCCGAAACGGGGCAGACAGAGCCGGGACUCCUUUGCAGGGGCCGGAGAGGUACAGGGUGGCCGAAACAGAUCUUUGGACACUGAAGGUGGAAGGUGGCGCGAAGAGCGAAGACGGCGCGAUACCUUUGGAUCAAAAUUGACGUCCGCAUUCAGGAAAAUGUCUUCUUCGAAACAAGUGACUUUUGCUGUGUAAACGAAAUCUCAAGGAGCCAUCAAUGCAUGGGGUAGCCAUACUUUUCUUCAUUGUAUGGUAUGCGUUUUAUGGGGAGAUGGCCCUGAAACUCGCAAAGAUGAUUCGCACUCGAUGGGGCGGACGAGUCGUGCAUGUAUUUCUGUUUGUGUUUCGUUGGGCAGAGAAGGGCGCUUGCUGUAGUGAAACAGAUGUAAAAUCAACGUAGGUGUGCGUUGUAUUGGUGUAGGUGCGCCUGUGUUCUCCCAUAGAAUUCCAGUUGUUUAGUCGCAGUUUUUGUUACCGUGUUUGUUCAUUGAGUCCUGGUCAUCCCUGCGAUAUUGCGAAAGGUUAUUUGAAAACUAUUUUUGAAUGCAUGGGCGAAGGGAAUCCGUUCUGUUCGGUGAUGACUCUCCUUCGCCUAUGCGGAAAACUACUGUAUGCUACACUGGCAUUAAGGACACUCGCGAC